AGGCAAUAAAUAAGUUGAGUAACUACGGCGUGGCUGUUGUGGUAGCUCUGGCCCGCCGAUUGCCGCCACCAACCUUCCACCGCUCAACUCAACUCCUCCACAAUUGCAUUUCAUCAUCGCAGAAGAGAGAUCCGCAUUGACCCCGGCAUGCUGCUGCACGCACACCAUGUCGUUGGCAUCGUCAGAGCUGUCGCUCGUAUCAAGUGACAUGAGCAGUUCUUUAACCAGGUCUGUCCACCAGCUUAGGCGCAGCACUGCCGCUCAAGCAACGCCGCGUAACAUUCUACUGUUUCUUGUCGCAUUCCGCAUCCUCAACGCGCUCAGUGUCCGCACCUUCUUUCAACCCGACGAAUUCUUCCAGUCGCUGGAACCUGCCUGGCAAGCUGCAUUUGGACAGGAUAGCGGUGCUUGGAUUACUUGGGAAUGGAAACACGAGCUACGAUCUUCUAUCCACCCUCUAUUUUUCACAGCAGUAUAUUAUGUCACCGGACUAGUCGCUUGGGCUACGCGUCUAUCGCCUUUGACGGCGGCAGAUCUCCUCAUCGCUACUCCGAAAAUCGCGCAAGCUAUCAUUGCCGCCGCAGGUGACUAUUACACAUGGAAAAUAGCUGAUAAGGUGUAUGGGUAUGAUAGCUACGGUGCUUGGGCUACGCUGGCGUUGACUGUGUUGAGCCCAUGGCAAUGGUUCUGUUCAACGAGGACAUUCUCCAAUUGCGCCGAAACUACCUUGACAGUAAUUGCGCUAUAUUUCUGGCCAUGGGAUUGGUUUCUCGACAUCCGAGACGAGGAGAAAGAGGAAGAAGGCGAGACACAAGGCCUAGAUAAUAGCAUUGAGAGUGCGAGUAGACUUUCAAGGUACAGAUGGCCUGGACUGAACGGCGACAUUUUCACCAUCAUGUUUCUAACAGUCGCACUGCCCAGUCUUCGAAAGAGCCUUCUGCUUGCAGCAUUUGCAUGCGUGCUGCGACCUACAAAUGUCCUAGUAUGGGCAUGCCUGGCUGGUUUUGCCAUGUACUACGGCCCCAAGUCGAUAACUCCGAUCCUUAUUAGAGAGACCGUUCUUUGCGGAUCAACAGUUCUUGGUCUUUCGAUUCUCAUUGACCGCUUUUAUUAUGGGAUUUGGGCAUUUCCUUUCUUCAAGUUUCUUUAUAUCAACGUCGCUCAGUCAAUUGCAAUCUUCUACGGCCACAACGACUGGCACUACUAUCUUUCACAAGGGUUUCCCUUGCUGUUGACAACUGCCCUUCCUUUCGGCUUACUUGGUCUAUAUCAGUCUCUCCGAUCGGCUGGUUCAGCAACACCUAAUCGUGGCUCCUUGAUCAAGUUCCAGCUGGCUUCGGUAUGUCUUUUUAUGCCAGCCGUGCUUUCUUUGAUAGCCCAUAAGGAAGUGAGAUUUAUAUAUCCUUUGCUACCUGCUCUACAUGUCUUGGCCGCGGAACCUCUUGUGUCCUGUUACCUCCCGGCUGUUUCAUCAUCGUCGAGCUUUUAUCUUCCGCGCAGACUCACGCUAGUUUUUCUUGUCCUCGUGAAUCUUUUCAUUGCGUUUUAUACUACACUGGUCCAUGCUUCAGGGCCUGUGACUGUCCUUUCUUACUUGCGGGAGCAACAUGUAGCGCACCAGAAAACUAUUGGUACCCCGAAUGCUCCUUAUCCCUCGUAUGGAUUUACUCGGCCUGCGCACGAUGCGGUACAUAAUAUGUCCGUUGGCUUCCUCAUGCCCUGCCACAGCACACCGUGGAGAUCUCACCUUGUUUUCUCUUCAAUAGAGUCCUGGGCUUUGUCCUGUGAACCCCCGGUCGGAUUGAACGAGACUCAAAAGAAAGUAUACUUGGACGAAGCAGACCAAUUCUAUGAAAACCCGACAAACUUUCUACAACAACAUAUGGUCGGCGGAUUAUGGCAUGUUCCUCGACGUCCAUCAUACCUAUCGCUCGGACCUCCUCAGCCAACAUCCUAUAGUCAAACUCUACCCCGCAAAGAAUACACCCACGAAUGGCCCGAUUACCUGGUUUUCUUCGCACAACUAGAACCAACAAUCCGUACCGCUCUUCGCAGUACCUCGUAUGCAGAAUGUUGGCGAACAUGGAGCACUGCGUGGCAUGACGACUGGCGACGGAAAGGUGAUGUUGUUGUCUGGUGUCUCGAUCCGAAUGCGCAGGGAGAAUGGCGAAAAUCCCAGCAAGAAAAGCACGUCGAACGCCGUGACCAGCAGUUCGAGCGCAUCAUCUCGGGAUUCAAAAAGGAAGCCAAAAUCAGUUCUACGCGAGCAAGUCCGUGGGAUAUCUCGAGUUUCUGGGACAAGAAUAGAAUGUUUCACACGACCAGCACCACGACGUCGUGGUACAGUUCGCUAUUCAAUCGAUGGCCGUUUACACCAAAAAGGUCAUCGACAUCAUACCUUCCGUCAUGGCUAAGAAAUUCAUGGCCGACCUCUUCUAAGAAGAAAAACUUGGCAUCUUAUCUGCCGAAAUUUCUACAGAGCUUUUUUAACAUUAAUAAUAGUAAUUUUCCAUGGUUCCAAUUCUCAUGGCCAUCGUCAUCGUUUUGGCCCUGGAAUACAAGACAAAGAGCAAAGAGAAACGCUGGAUACCCCAGGAUACCCGAGUUUGAGCGAGAUUUAUGGAAUUAAUAUCUUGAAAUUUUCUUUCUACUCCGCAUUGCUUAUGUGAGGUUCUUUGAAAAGAGUCUGGACUUGGUGAUUGUAUAUAGAUGGCUUUGAGAUCUUAAUUCUUAGUUUUGAGAAGCCAACGGUUAUAUCAACAUUAAUCAAUAAUUGCUGAGCAAUUGUUUAGAGGCUGCAGUUUUACAAAAAUAUCAAUGGAUCACUCGAUAGUAGCGACUGCUGCUGGGGUUGUCUCAAUGUAGGCUUGUCGAUUCGG